AUGCUCAUUGCACUAUGUGUAAUUGGAAUAUUCGGAGUGAUUACACUUGCACUUGCCGCUGCUACUCUUGGUACUCUAAAUAGACGAUUUGAUACUAUCACUGCAACAGCAACAACGAGCAAAGCGAAACUCAAUUCACCUUUAGCUGAAACGAUUCGUAUCGAUGAUCUUAUGAAUCAUUUAAGACAAUUGCAACGUAUUGCUGACGAAUCAAAUGGUAAUCGAGCAAUAAAUACGAGAGGAUUUAAUGAAACUGUUAACUAUAUCUAUAAUUAUCUACAAAAUCAAGUUACUGGUUUAAAAGUUAAACGAGAAACGUUUCAAAUACGAAAUUUUGCUCUUGCAAAAGAUCCAAUCUUGCUCUCGCUGAUCAAUGGUACAGUAAAAAAUUUUACAUAUUCAUUGAAUCUUGCUAGAUCUGAAUUCACUUAUGUUAAUUACUCGACUGCAAUUAACUUUCCGGACUAUGUUCGUGUUGUUAAUAUUCCAAAUCUUGGAUGCACAGCCGAUGAUUGGAAGAAUGUAGCAGGUCUUGUUGCAUUAGUGAAAGCAGGAGGUACAUGUACAUAUGCCGAAAAAGGUAUUCUUGCUGCGAACAGUAGUAUCAGGGCCUUACUCUUCUAUAAUCAUGGAGAAACAAGUAAUAGUCUUGCUCCAAUUAUUACGCGCCUUCGUUAUAACAAUCAAUUACCUGCACUUUUCCUAUCGUAUGCUGCUGGACAAGCGCUAGCAGAUGCAGCAUUAGUAGGAGCAACUGUCAAACUUGAAAUACAAUUACAAAAUUUAGGAACAUAUCCAGUUGAUAAUAUUUGUGCGGAUACUGUAGAUGGAGAUCCAACACAAACUAUUGUUGUAGGAAGUCAUACUGAUAGUGUUCCAGCUGGUCCAGGUAUCAAUGACAAUGGUAGCGGUACUGCAGCUAAUCUGGUUUUGGCAACAAACUUAGCACGUCUUUACCAAACGGCGACUUACAAUAAGUAUAAAUAUCGCGUUCGUUUUUGUUGGUGGGCUGCAGAAGAAAUUGGUUUAGCUGGAUCAAGUCAUCAUGUACGAACUGCUCAGAGUGCGACUGUUGUAGGUGAUCGUCUUCGAGAUUAUUUGCUCAAUCUUAAUUUUGAUAUGGCAGGUUCACCUAACUUCAUUUUCGGAAUUUAUGAUGCUAAAACAGCUAUAAAUGGUACACCAUCAAGCGCACUUCCUGGUAGUACUAAGAUUACAGAACUCUAUCGUGAUUGGUUUAUUAAACAAAAUUUACCAUGGGAUUUUAGAGAUUUCAAUGGUCGAAGUGAUUACGGUCCGUUUCUAGCUGCAGGUAUUGCUGCUGGUGGUGUAGCAACUGGUUCCGAUGCCAUAAAAACAGCAGCACAACGUGAAAAAUAUCAGAAAUCCGUAGGAGAAAAUAAUGCUGGUUUUGCUGGUGCAAUACUUGAUCCAUGUUAUCAUCUAGCGUGUGAUACUUUAACAAAUAUUCAUUUAUUUGGUUAUGAAAAUCUUGUUCAAGCAGCUGCGUAUGGCCUUGAAUACCUUGGUCAACAUGCAAACUUAUCUGGCUAUCUUUAUCCGACUGGUCGGCCAUAA